ACUUCGAGAAACCGUUGGAAAGCAGAGUCCCACACCCACUAGAAACAACUUCGCAACUCACAGACACAGAGAGAGAGAGAGAGAGAGAGAGAGCGGUAGUGAUGAAGUCAAGAAUCGUAAAGCUCUUCUGCCCUUCAGUAUCAAAAACGGUCCCGUUCGUGGCGCGGGACAACCAGAGGCUGGACCUUGGUUCCAUAGCCCUGACUUUUGGGGUAGACCCAGCAACUUUGAAGCUCAACGGUCACUUUAUAAGCAGAGGGGUUGAUCUCAUCGCCUCCUCAGUCACCUGGAACGCCCUUCUCUCUUUCUUCUCUGCCAGAGGCUUAUCCACCGGAAAAGACGACCAAGACGCGCUUGUCGUUGAUGGGAAGCUCAUCAAAGUUGGUACUAAGCGGGCCCGUGACCCUCGAGAUGCUGUUGAUGGAAGUUGCUGUGUAGCGGAAGAUGAAGUUGAUCGUGGUAGUAGAAGGCGACAACCUGAAGAUGUCAACUUGGUGAAGAAUAAAAAGUUGAAGGAAGGAAACUCAGGAGAAGAUCUUCAUGGCCUCAGCAGCCUCAAGAGAAAGCAAUUGCUGGAAGAUGUAAGCCUACUCAAGAAGUUAAAGAUAAAUGAAACCGACUCAGGAAUUAGUGGACAAGGAAAUCACCACCACAACACCCUGGCAUGCUCCCAAUUCACAUGCAGUUACAUGAGUAAUAAUUUGAAGCGGAUGCGAGAAGAUGAGGCAAUUGUAGCUUCUCCUUGCAAGAGGAUCAGAUGAGGCUUCUGUUUGUUUCUUUUCUUCCAUUUUUUUUUCCCCUUUUUACUUGAUGAGUCAUAAUUACACAAUGUCAACUUGUAAAUGAACUUAGAUGAGGAUAUAUAGAAGGGUUGUAACUUUGUGAAAUCUUGUAAUUUAAUUUGUUUUGCUAUAAAUAUAGUAGGAAAAAUAUAUGUUUGUGAUC